CAGCACGGCGCCAGUGUCGGAGCGCGCGGGAGAGCGAGCCGUGACCUGACCAGGUCAGCCGCCGGGUCACACGCCGCCGCGUCCGGAGCAGCUGCAGCAAGCCGACCGCUUGCUGUGACUAUGGUUUAAACUAUGGAGUGGGAGAAACGGAGUCAUCCGGUGCCAGCGCCUAGCAGCGCCCCUAGCGGGGAGGUGUCCCUGACGCGAGACCUGGACGAGGUCAACUGUAAUCCGGCGGGCGUACUGGACGAGCUGUACGAGGAGCUGGAGCGCUUCUCCCGGCAGCCGUCCGUGCGGUCGUCGACGCGGCGCGCCUACGCCAGCCUGGAUGUCGGCUCCAUGGGCGUAGACCUCAGCUCCGGCCCAGUGAUCACCAGCGAUUUCGACGAGAACGUAGUCAACAACAACAUGGGCGGCGGCAGACGGGCUGGCGGGGACGGUGCUGCCGACCCGACCGAGGCCGAGACGCUGACGCCGGGCCUGAUCGGCACGCUGGACGACAACCGGCGCCUGCCGUCCGACACGUCGCCGAAGCAGCUGUACCACUCGGACAUCCCACACUUCACGGGCGAGCUGACGGACGACCUGUACGCGCUGCCGGUGAAGAAGGGCGCCGCGCUGGAGUCGACCGGCGCCGGUGACGCCGAGCCGCUGCCGCCCGGCUGGGAGAAGCACGAAGACAAUGACGGUCCGUACUACUGGCACAUAAAGAGUGGCACCAUUCAGCGCGAGCCGCCGCCCACUCCGGCCGACGACGGCAAGAGGGUGCCGACCAAAGACAGCGAGUCGAGCUCCGGCAUCUCGAGCGGCAGCGCCGGCUCCGGGGUGACCCGUAGCAGCACGAGCUCGGCCAUCGCUGACCUGGACCGGCGACACGUCGAGUACGCCGACAAGAGGAAGAGUUUUCCUGCACGCCCCGACCAGGAGGCGAACGAUGCGCGCCGCGUGCGGUUCGCCGUGCGCUCGCUCGGCUGGGUGGAGAUCGCCGAGCCCGACCUCACGCCCGACCGCAGCAGCAAGGCGGUCAACAAGUGCAUCGUCGACCUGUCGCUGGGCCGCAACGACGUGGUCUCGGACUCGGUCGGCCGCUGGGGAGACGGCAAGGACCUGUUCAUGGACCUGGACGAGGGCUCGCUGAAGCUGUUGGACCCCGAGAGUCUGACGCUGCUCAACACGCAGCCCAUCCACACCAUCCGCGUCUGGGGCGUCGGCCGCGACAACGGAAAAGAAAGGGACUUCGCGUACGUGGCGCGUGACCGUGUGACCCGCCAGCACAUGUGCCACGUGUUCCGGUGCGACACGCCGGCGCGGGUCAUUUCCAACACGCUGCGCGACAUCUGCAAGAAGAUCAUGAUCGAGCGGAGCCUGGCGCAGGGCGCCGGCCGACUCACCGAGCCGGGCGUGGGCGGCCCGGCCGGCCGGCUGGCCAGACCCACAUCGCUGGCCGUCGACCAGAGGAGGGCGCUGAAGGCUCCGCAGCCGCCCCUGACGCUGGGCAGCCAGAGCUUUCCCACGCCCAUGGAGGAGCCCAAGCGGACGCUGCAGGCUCUCUACAUGGGCUGCACGCCGGUGUCCAAGCCCAGCGGCAUCGACGUCCUGAACCAGGCGCUGUACAAGCUGUGCAGCCAGGCGGCGCCGACCGAGUGGCGCCCGGUCAGCGUCUCCGUCGCGCCGUCCACCGUCACCGUCACGGACGCUGAGACGGAGGAGCAGGUGGUGGAGUGUCGCGUGCGCUUCCUCUCGUUCCUUGGCAUCGGUCGCGAGGUGCAGCAGUGCGGCAUCAUCGUGCACACCUCGCAGGACGUGUUCAUCGCGCACGGCUUCUCCUGUCCCACCUCGGCCGGCCCGCUCUGCAAGACCAUCGAGGCGGCCUGCAAGCUGCGCUACCAGAAGUGUCUGGACGCGCUGCCGGGCGGCGGCGCCGGCCGCGGCGCGCCCGCCCAGUCGCGCAGCUUCGGCCAGACCCUGAAGUCGGUGAUCGGCUCAUUAGCCGGCCGGCGCCUGCGCGGUAUGGACUCCUGAGAUACGGCCUCACCUCCGCAGUACGAACUGACGCUUCCUGUGGAGUGUGAGGUGAUCCCCCACCGUCACCUGGUCAGCCGCCGGGCGCCGGGCGACGACGAGUCGGCGCCGCUCAGCCAGCAGCUGGCAGCGCUCGUCUCUCCGGACCGGGCGCCGCUGCCGGCACUGCUGGCCGGCUCGCACACCGUCUGCGCCGUCACCACCCCGCUGCGCGUGCCAGCCGGCUGGCCCGAGCCGCAGUACAGCUGGUGCCAGCCCGUCACCAGCCCCGAGGCGGCGCUGCGCCGCCUCCAGCUGGGCUGAGCGGCCGCGGCCGCCGCCCCGGGCCGCACGGCGCCGAGACAAGUGCCAUGGACGCCGGCAGAGAAAGAGAGCGAGAGUGCGCGCGCGUGUGAUCCGUGUGACAUAUCUGUGCAGCUUCUGAUACCCGCCGGCCCCGCAAUACACCGUCGCCCCGUGUACAUAGGCCGGUAUGUAUAUCACAUUCCGUGUGUGCCCGCCCGCCGCCGCUGCCGGCCCGGCCGACCGGAC